AUGCUCUGCCUCGGGACGCUUGAUGUGGCCGUGCCAUGGGCGGACGCAGUUGUCGUGAAGCGCGAGGUGCGGCUCCAGCGCGCCGACCUGCGCAGUCUUGACACCCACUUCUGGCCCGGCUUUGAGCGCUACUGCCUCACGCAGACGCUCUGGAAGGCGCUCCUCGCGUUCGCGCAUGAGCACGACCUUCGACUGGACGCCGCCAUCACGCCGUCCGUCGGCGGCGCCUGCAUCACGCUCUCGCUGCACUUUGCAUCAGCGCUGCCCACGCACGCCAAGUGGAUCAAAGGCCACACGUACGUACUCGAGCACUUCCAGUCGGCGCUGCGACAGCCGGCGCGCGACCUCCCAGCGGCGUUUGCAGAGGCGCUGACGACCGAGUGCCACGUUCUCGGCUGCCUCCUCCACGAUCACGACGGCGCGCCCGAUCGGUACACGCUCGCAACGCUCUUUACGAGUUUGGAGGCGCCGUUCGAAGCCAGCCGCUUGGCGAUUCGAGACGGUGGCGCCUACGCGGCCCGUUGCGCGGCGGGAAGCGCGCCAUUGCUCACGGAUCUGCCCUUCAACAUCAUGUGGGACAUCAUGCGUCUCCUUAACGCACAAGAGCUCGCGAUGAUCGCCAUGGUUUGUACGACGCUGCAGCACCUGACGUACGACACGGUGCCCCGCCUCCGGCUGCACCUAUACCCACACCAAAAGAAGGCGCUCAAAUGGAUGUUGUACCGCGAAUGCUCGGCCCGGGCCCUCCCGCACCCGUAUCUUGUCGGCGACGUCAUCGACCCCGUCUUGCACCGCGUGCAUUCGUCACCGCUGCCGGCCAUCGACAUGCGCGGUGGCUUUCUCUGUGACGAGCCCGGCCUUGGCAAGACGAUCACAAUGAUCGCGCUUCUCCUGCGUACACAAGGCGCCAGGUCCCGCGUGACGACCUUGCCUGCGCUGGCCCAUGACCGCGGCUACGGGCUUCGCUCGAGCCAAGGCGCGUCAUCGUCCGGCUCUUCGCCGCGUCUCCUGGCGUCGGUGACGUCUCUUGUCAUUGUACCCGACACGCUCGUCGCCCAUUGGGGCCACCAGCUGUUCACGCACACGACCAACUUGAGCGUCUACAUCGACGACCAGCGCGACUUGCCAAGCGCCGAGAUUCUUACGACCUAUGACGUCAUUGUGACGACCUUUGGCCGCAUCAGUAACCACUGGCAGACGCAGCGACCACUCGAGACGCGUGCGCCGGCGCGGUUAGGGUUUGAAGGCCAGGCGGCGUACGUUGACGGCACGCUCUCGCGCGGCCUCUCGCCGCUGCUCCAAGUCCACUGGGUGCGCAUCAUUGUCGACGAAGGCCAUAAACUCGGCGGCGUGAGCAUCACCAACGCGAUCCAAAUGCUGUGUGCGCUCUCCAGCGACAAGCGCUGGAUCAUGACCGGAACGCCGACGCGGCAUGUCGCGCAGACCGACGGGCUCCGGCACCUGCACGGGCUGCUGCGCUUUCUGCGCGAUCGGCCGUACGGUGCGAACGACGACAAGCCGUGGCUGCACGCGAUCGCCAAGCCAUUUGAGCGCCGCGACCGCGUCGGGUACCUCCGGCUGCGCCACCUGUUGAAUCGCAUCAUGCUGCGGCACGUCAAGAGCGAUGUGCAAAGCAUUCCAGACCCAGUGCGCACGCACGUGAUCGUACCGCCGUCCGACCUCGAGUACCGCAUCUACAAUGGCGUCGUCGGCGUCAUUCGUGGCAACCUUGUGGUGACAAAAUGGGACCCGUUGACGCCCGGGCCAGCGCACAAGGACAGUUUGCUGAACCCUGAAAAUCGGCGGGACGCGCUCACGGCGCUGGCCAACCUGCGCCUUGCGUCCAGCGGCGGCGGGCAAAUGGACGUUCAUCUCUCAACGGCGUACUACACCGAGACGAUCGAGUACUUGAACGAGUUCAAAGUGCCGCCCGAGCGCCAAGCGCGUGUGAUUGCCUACAUGCACGACGCGCCCAACGGCCUCUGCACGCCGUGCCUUGCCUGUUGCCGCGCGCAGCAGUUUCUUAUGGUCGUCCCGUGCGGCCACUUGCUUUGCGCCGACUGCAUCGAUGCCCAUGUCUCCACCACGGGGUUUGAGCGCGACUUUUACACGACGUGUCCCGCGUGCUAUGCGUCCUUUGACUGGGAAGACUUUCAGAAGCUCCAGCCCGGCUUUGACUACAAGUGGGACGCCCAAGAACCGCCCGAGACGGAGGCAGCGACGCUCGCCGCCCACAUUUGGUCGAGCAGCAAAGGCCUCUACGUUCUCUCGCGGGUCACGGCGCUCGUGGCCGACGCGACGGCCAAUCGUGCCAACCCGUUUGCACCGCCGACGCGGCCGAUCAAGGUCAUCAUCUUCUCCGAGUUUCGUGAGCACCUCUUCCGCGUCCGGUUCGAGUUCAAGCGCCGCGCCAUGCGAACCGCGUCGUUUGUCCAAGGCGACGCCAUGAAGACGCGGCUCGAGCAGCUCCGGCUCUUCCAGCACGACCCAACACUCCAUGUGCUCUUUCUGACCGAAGUCGGCGCUGUCGGUCUCGACCUCUCGUUUGUGACGCACAUCUUCCUCAUGGACGAGGUCUGGGACAAGAGCGUCGAGCAGCAAGUGAUUGCGCGCGCCCACCGCAUGGGCGCCACGGGGCCGGUCGUCGUCGAGCAGCUCGAGAUGCGCGGGUCCAUGGAGACGCUCGUGCGGCAGUCGUACGAAAGCCACGCCAAAGAUGCGAGCUCGGUGCGCGGCGCGCUGAAAAAUGCGCUGCAGACAAGAAAGAAGACGUCGGCGACGUCGUCGGCGGCUGCGUCUGAGCGCUCCGGGGCGUCGCGUAUCGGCUAUGUGCUGAGCAACGUGCGCCUGAUCGAAGCGGGCGCUUGCAACGAGGCCAUCGUAGCGCCUGCCGAGCCACUGCCGACUCUUCUCUCGGUGCCUCGGGCCGACGUGUACAGGGCCCAUGCGCUAGAGACAUCGCCGCGGCCGCUCAAGCAGCGCAAGACGGUCCGGUUUGAAGAUGAGGGGUAG